AUGUGUUAUUUGCACGCUGUUGACAUUCUCCGCGUAUUUGGGCAGGACGUUCUGACGAACUACCGUGCAGGGCUCCCACGCCGCAAGCAGCAGCAGCAGCAGCAACCACAACAACAACAAGCAGCAGCAGCAGGAGCAGCAGAAAAGCCAAACACGGAGAGUGGUGACCAGCAGAAGCAGCAGCACGGUGUGGAGUCCAGCACGCCGCAGUUGCCGAGGGCGUACAUGCAUAGGCUGAUAAAAGAAUUCAUCAAUAGUGGGCGGCACUACACCUCACCGAAAAAGCGUCUGCAGCCCGGCCCCUACUCCCCGUUUUGA